GGUUCCCUGGGCUACCCCACACACACACACACACAUACACACACACGCACACACGGGGGACUUGCCAGCCUCAGCAGUGUAGCGAAGCGGGGCGGCCAAGGCAGACAGGAGGAGCGAGACUAAGAAGGCUGAGAGAAGCCUGGACACUUGAAUAUCUGAAUGCUUAUCUUCACACCACGACCGCCAGCACCAACACGACGACCUCAGGCUCUUAGUGGCGUUCCUAAGGCGUGUGGCUAGAACCGUCUCUGUUUACAAGGGGACCACAAGUUCUUAGUGGCGUUCCUAAGGCGUGUGGCUAGAACUGUCUCUGUUUACAAGGGGACCACAAGUUCUUAGUGGCGUUCCUAAGGCGUGUGGCUAGAUCCGUCUCUGUUUUUGUGUUGUGUUGUGAAUUGCUGCUGUUGUUGCUACUGCUGCUGAUGCUCAAGAAUUACUUUUGUGAUAUUCUGAAGAAACUUUACUGCUGUUACUGCUACUGCUACUGCUACUGCUGCUCCUACUACUACUGCUACUACUAUAAAAAAAAGCGUGGUAUAUUGAACGUCAUAAUUAUACUGCAACUACUACUGCUAUAAAAGAAGAAUUAGCGUGGUAUUCUGAAGAGUAUCUACUACUACUACUACUACUACUACUACUACUGUUACUGCUAUUACGAAAGAAAGAAAAGUCCUCUACUACUACUACUACUACUACUACUACUACUACUACGAGUUAAGGAGUGCCUCAAAAGUGCCAUAAGUUACUACGAAGCCGCAAUAAAACUUUACAAUAAAAAAAAACUGAAAGGAGGAAAUAGAAGAUAUAAAAAAAAAAAAACGAGAGAGAAAGAAAGAUAGAGAGAAAAUCUUCACAUAACUGAGGCUUCCUGGAGUAAACACACACACACACACACACACAUACACACACACAUCUAGCACGUCCAGAAUCAAUGAAAAAAAUAGUCAUGUUCUCUUGAAAGGAAUGUGGGUUUUUACUAGUGAGAAUAAGAGUGACAGUGAGAGUGAACACACACACACACACACACACACACACACACACACACACACACACACACACACACACACACACACUAUCUGAGGUGUCAUCACGUGCGUGUGUGUACAUUACGUGCGUGUGACUGUGAGUGUGCGUUCGUGUGUGCAAUCUAAAGAAAAAACAAGGAAAAUAAAACAUAUUGAGAUAUCUACGUAAGAAAGAAGAAGAAGAAGAAAGAAGGAAGAAGAAGAAGGAAGAAGAUAAAUGGAUAUCAUGAAAGAAAAAUAUGAAGAACUGAGAUUUGAGGCGAAUGAUGGUUAGCAGAGAGACAGCUCAUCACCACCACCACCACCACCACCACCACCACCACCACCACCACCACCGCCAUGCCUGAGGGAGUGCCAUCUUGUCACCUCUGCCACAUCCACGACCACACGCCCUCCAACACCCUGCUGCGGACACACCCCCUCCGCUCCUCCAGAACCGCCAGUGCCACGCUCCCACACCACUCCAGAGACCCCCACCCCACCCCCCAUGCCCAACACGCUCCACACGCCUCACACACCGCCCACGCAGCCCACACUCUCCAUCACACCCACAGAGGCAGGGGCAGCCGUGGUAAUGUCAGUGAGAGGAGUGAGCGGGGUGAAAGACCUCAUUCCCUCCCUGGUACAUGCAACAACACACUAUCCCACGCCCCACAAGUCUCAGUGCUGCCUGACGGAGAGAGUAGCAGUUCCCACAGGCGUCACCGUCACCAGCGCCACCACCACAGACGCCACCACCACUCCGAUGACUCGCGACACGGCACGGCCACCUCCAGGGAUGACUUGAGUGGUGUUCUGGCGGCGCUGAUGGAGACGAGUCGGUCCCAGAGUGCGGCGAGUAACCACGGCAGCGGCGCGCACCAGGAGCCUGACCUGCUGACUGCCCUGCCGCCGGUCACACACCCAAACAGCAAAGGCAGCACACUGACGCGGGUGGAGGAGCGGCGCCCCAGCAACAGCACCCUGGCGCAGGACACGGAGCAGGACUACUACCUGCACGUGCACCAGCAGGCCUUCAAGGACGAGGACCGCAGGAGGAGGUUCAACCUGCAGACCGUCAUGCUCAUUGGCUGCUACACGCUCCUGUUCGUGGUGGCCAUCAUCGUGGGCGUGGUGCUGUGCCAGCAGAACGGGUGGCUGGGUCUGGGCGUGGAGGAGGCGCCGUCCACGGUGAGCAACGCCCAAGACGCCCACCCGUCCAUGCCGCGGGAGAUGGAGCGCCAGGGGAGUGGCCGCGGCGUCCGGAACAGAGGGGCGCGUCCCCCGGGGCCCACCAUAGACUACGACUACCCUGACGACGGGCCGCCCCCGAGGAUCCUGGCCGGGCCCGCCUCCCCAACGGGCGAGAACGACCCGCUGCGCUCCCUCAACUUUGGUCCCGACGACCUGGCGGCGGCUGAGGCGGGACAGGGCGCCGGUGGCCGCGUGCCGCCCCCGCCCGUGGUCCCCUCCGGCGUGCGGCCAAGCUUCAACACCAACAGGUUGGGGGCGGGAGGGGGGGCGGCCCGAGCUGGCCUGGGUGACGGCAGCUCGGCGGCGGCGGCAGGCGGCGGGAAGAGUCUCGGGCCAGGAGCGCGCCACCCUGCCGCAGCGCACCCAGAAUCCUUCCUGCCCCGCGGCGCCCCCCAGGGCACGCCCAGCGCCCAGGCGGGGAGGGGCGUGCAGGGCCAGACCAUCUCCCCGGGAGGCAGGCAAGGCGGCGCUGCCCUUGCCCCCAACAGAGCAUUUGGUGGCGCUGGCAACACUGGUACCGGUACUGGAGCAUUUGGUGGAGCUGGCAACACUGGUACCGGUACUGGAGGAGCAUUUGGUGGAGCUGGCAACACUGGUACCGGUGCAGGAGGAGCAUUUGGUGGAGCUGGCAACACUGGUACCGGUACUGGAGGAGCAUUUGGUGGAGCUGGCAACACUGGUACCGGUGCAGGACCAUUUGGAGGUGCUCGCAACACUGGAACUGGCAUCAGAGCAUUUGGUGGUGCUGGCAACACUGGAGCUGGCACCAGAGCAUUUGGUGGUGCUGGCAACACUGGAGCUGGCACCAGAGCAUUUGGUGGUGCUGGCAACACUGGAGCUGGCACCAGAGCAUUUGGUGGUGCUGGCAACACUGGUACCGGUGCAGGAGCAUUUGGUGCUGGCAACACUGGAGCUGGCACCGGAGCAUUUGGUGGUGCUGGCAACACUGGUACCGGUGCCGGAGCAUUUGGUGGUGCUGGCAACACUGGUACCGGUGCAGGAGCAUUUGGUGCUGGCAACACUGGAGCUGGCACCGGAGCAUUUGGUGGUGCUGGCAACACUGGUACCGGUGCCGGAGCAUUUGGUGGUGCUGGCAACACUGGUACCGGUGCAGGAGCAUUUGGUGGUGCUGGCAACACUGGAGCUGGUACCGGAGCAUUUGGUGGUGCUGGCAACACUGGAGCUGGUACCGGAGCAUUUGGUGGUGCUGGCAACACUGGUGCUGGUACCGGAGCAUUUGGUGGUGCUGGCAACACUGGUGCUGGUACCGGAGCAUUUGGUGGUGCUGGCAACACUGGAACUGGCACCGGAGCAUUUGCUGGUGCUGGCAAUGCCGGACCAGGAGCAUUUAAUAGCGCUGGCAACACUGCACAUGGAACAUUUAAUGGCGCUGGCAACACUGCACAUCGAGCAUUUAAUGGCGCUGGCAACACUGCACACGGAGGAUUUAAUGACGCUGGCAACACUGCACACGGAGCAUUUAAUGGCGGAGGCAACACUGGCGGUGGAGCAUUUGGUGGCAGAGGCAACACUGGAGGUGGAGCUUUUAAUCCCGCUGGUAACUCCCACACUGGCAGCGGAGCAUUUAGUGGUGCUGCUAAUUCUGGAAUCAGCACCGGAGCAUUUAGUACCGCUGGCGACACUGCACCUGGAGCAUUUAGUGGUACUGGCAACACUGCACCUAGAGCAUUUAAUACCGCUGGGAACACUGGCAUCGGAACAUUUGGCGCUGGCAACACUGGAACCGGAACAUUUAAUGCCGCCAGCAACUCUCACACUGGAGCUGGGAACACUGCACCUGGAGCAUUUAGUGGCACCGGCAAUACUGGCGCCGGAGCAUUUAGUGCCGCUGGCAACACUGGUACCGGAGCAUUUGGUGGCGCUGGCAACACUGGUACCAGAGCAUUUGGUGCCGGUGGCAACGCUGGUAGUGGUGCAUUUGGUGGCGCUGGCAACACUGGUACCGGAUCAUUUGGUGGCGCUGGUAACACUGGUGCUAGAGGAUUUGGUGGUACUGGCAACACUGCAUCUGGAGCAUUUAAUGGGGUUGGCAGCACUGCAUCUGGAGCAUUUAAUGGCGUUGGCAACAAUGCGCCUGGAGCAUUUAAUAGCGGUGGCAACACUGCGUCCGGAGCAUUCAAUGGUGCUGGCAACACUGCCUCUGGGACAUUUGGUGGCGCUGGCAACACCGCAUCUGGAACAUUUGGAGCUGGCAACACUGGUGCUGCAAGAAACAGUGCCUUCAAUGGUGCCAUUGGUAACACUGACCCCGGUUUUAACAGGCACAGUGGAGUGUUUGGGUCUGGCAACACUGCUGCCGCCACCAACAGAAAUACUGGUGUUGAAAGUACCGGGAGUAGCGCCACGUUUGGCGGUGGUGCUGUUAACAGUGGUAUUGGCAACAGUGGUACUCAGAAUGGUGGUGUUGGAAAUGGCAGUGGUGUUAGUACUGGUGGUGUUGGUACUGGUGCUGUUGGUAAUAGUGGUGUUGGUACUGGUAGUGCUGGCACUGGUGUUGCUGGUAAUAGUGGUGUUGGUACUGGUGGUGGUGGCACUGGUGGUGUUGGCCGUACCGGUGUUGUAGGGAGUGGAGGCGCGGAAAGGCCCAGCACAGGGAGCGGGCAGGCAAACAGCGGUACUGGCGGCGGCGCACCGGGAGGACUGGGCAGCACCAACCUUGGCCACGCUGGCAACACUGCAGGAGCCACAUUCAACACCGGUGGAGUCAGUACCGGGAUAAACAGUGGCUUUUUUGGCGGCGGUGUUCCCCUUCCCGGUAUUAGCUUUGCUGGUAACACUGGCAGUGCUGUAGCUUCUGGUGUUGGCAGUACCGGGAACAGGUUCCCCGCCGGCGUUGGUAGUACUGGUGCUGAUGUUAGACCUGGUAACGCUGGUACCGGGAAUGGCAAUACUGGUGCAGGUACCAGAAUUGGCAAUACUGGUGCGGGUACCGGGAUUGGCAAUACUGGUGUUGGUACCGGGAUUGGCAAUACUGGUGCGGGUACCGGGAUUGGCAAUACUGGUGUUGGUACCGGGAUUGGCAAUACUGGUGUUGGUACCGGGAUUGGCAAUACUGGUGUAGGUACCGGGAUUGGCAAUACUGGUUUAGGUACCGGGAUUGGCAACACUGGUGUUGGUACCGGGAUUGGCAACACUGGUGUACGUAAUGGUGUUGGUACUGGUAUUGGAAGUACUGGUGUCGGUACUGGUGUAGGCACCAGGAUUGGCAGUACUGGUACCGGGAUGAGGGGAGGCACCACUGGUACUGGUAUGAGGGCUGGAAACCCCGGUACCAGUACAGGUACUGGAGGCGCAGGUACCAGGACCGGGACUGGCAGCACGGGUACUGGUGGUGGUGGUCCUGGCGGCAGCAGCAGCAGCAGCAGUGCGGGCAACACAGGUGGCGGCGGUGGCAGUGCUGGCGGUGGCACCGCUGUUCAGAACAACAGUGUGGCAGAGGCUGGCGCUGGCACCACUGCUACCGGCAGCAGGGGGGCGUCCAACGGACGAGGCAGUGCCGCUGGGGGGAGGGGUGCCACGACCCCUACUGGUGCCGGUUCUGACAGGACAGGCGGCACGGGGACGGGGCGCCGCGGGGGGCAGGCGAGGCAGCCUGGGGGAGGGCGGCAGUCCUCGAGGGGGAGGGGCGUGAUGAGGAACCUGGGCAAUGGCAACAGAGGCGUGGGGCGCCGCGGCGGGGCGUCCACAGGCCGCGACCCCGCCUCAGGGGCCCUGGCAGACGGGGGGCGGGGAGGCCCCAGUGCCCCAGACCAGCCAUCCCCAGCAAACUCCCUGGGCGGCGCGGUGCGCGGCGGCUCCGGGCGGGGAGACUCCAGGGUGAGGGUCGGGGCGCCGCCCCCCAGCAACGCGCCGCGCGCAGGGCCGGGCCUGACAGUGCAGCGCGGCGAGGUGGUGGCAACGGCAACCAUUACGCACGACUCUUCGGAUACCGCCGUGCUGCGCCCUGACCACGACGUCAUCGUGCACAUCACGCCCACGGCGCAGGGCAGCGACGUCACGCUGCUUAGGCACCGCCCCGCCCACCACUCCGCCGCCGCCAAGGCCACGGCCAGGCGCGGCGGGGCGGAGCAGGACAGCGCCCCUGCUCGGUCCAAGUCACUCGUGGAGGUGGUGGGGCGCACAGGCGCCAGGACCCCAGGCAGGGGAAGGGCUGGGGCGAGGGCGGGAUCUGGGGCGGGGUCUGGGACCAGGGCGGGAGAGGGAGCUGGUCAGGGGACGGGGGCAGGGGCGGGGAACGCAACAUCAGCGGACAAGGGAAAAAGUGAGAGUGAUGGGUCAGUGGCGAGGGCGGGGGAGGGGGCGGAGGGGGCGCGGGGCGGCAAGAUGCUGACGCGGGAGCGCGUGAGCAUGGUGCCGGCGUCGGGGCGCGGUGCAGGGGCGCGGCCUGGCGUGGUGGUGCGGCGGUGGGAGCACAUGGACCAGGCGGGCACGCUGUCCCGCGGCCUGGUGCGCCAGGACGGCUCCUUCGCCUUUACCAACUGCCGCCCCUUGGACAUAUGCUCCUCGCCCCAAGGCUGACCCCGCGGGGCGAAGCAGAGCUGCCCCUGCGGUGCUGAGUGGUGGGGCGGGGCGGAGCGAGGCGGUGAAACAGUGUCAGUGUCAGUCAGCAAGAGGAACUGGUAAUGAGGAAGGACGUUUGCUUCUCCUGCGUCAUGGUACUGGUGCCCGCCCCGCCUCUCACCUCUCACCUCUCACCUUCAUCCUCUCCCUCAAUUGCUCCCACUCGAAAACAUGACCAAAUCAUUCGCAUUUACAUGCCAAUAAUGUGUGUGUGUGUGUGUGUGUGUGUGUGUGUGUGUGUGUGUGUGUGUGUGUGUGUGUGUGUGAGCGUGUGUGCAGACAAGUUAUGUGUUAUCAGUGUACUGUUAGGCGCGUAAUUUAAACACGGACGAGGAAGUCACCACAACACACAAUGUAAAAUAAAAGUCGUCCUUUGUCUCCCUGUAAAUAUCGUGGCGUCAUAUACACCCCCCCCCUCAAAUAUACACACAAACAUACAUACAUACAUCCAAACCACGUACACAUAAGAACGACUGUAUAUAAAUGUAUGUCCGUGCUCUACCUGGCUUUGAUGUACGUGAGGUGGGGCUAGUGAGAGUUACAAUAAGUGUUCGUAUGUUAUUGUAUAUAAAGCACGUGCACUGGCCGGCUUAUCUGUACGUCAGCUGGAAAUAGUGUGUACGUUCCUUUGUACGUUAGUCACGCCUAGUCUCCGCCACCAAGUAUAGAAACUGUGAUGCUAAGAAAGAUAUACGACUUUUAGCUAUUACUGUAUUUCUAUUUGUUUUCUUCUAUGUAUAUAUUAUUGUAUUACUGCACUCUCUUCUCCCCUUCUUCUGUGACUCCCCAAGUUUUCUGUAAAUAAAAUGUUGAUCUGUUAAAGGAAAAGGUUCAGGAGCAUUGGAGAAGGUUCCCACUCACCCCUUGAGGAACACCACUAUUUAUACUAUUCGUCUUCAGCCUUCGUGUUUCCCAGGUAUUCUUAAGGUCUUGUGGGUUUUCAUAGGACUGUUUUCAAAGGAGAUGUGGUUAAUAGAAUUAUCAUGUUUUCUUUUUUGUUUUUCUCUCAUUAAUGGCGCAGAUUUUUGUUAAACUAUCAUUAGAAUCAUGAAAACACACUUGAAAACUCCAAUAACUUCCACUACAGCCUGUUAAGAAUCCAAUCUCUCUUCUUUGCCUUUCAGUGCUCCCGUAAAGACAAUGUUUAUAAGUUAAUGAAUAAAACGAAGAAGUGA